AUGAAGCUCGCCGCCGCAGUCAUCUUUGCCACCGCCCUCGUGGCCUCCAGCGCAGCGUCGAGCUCGACCCCAUUCGCACCCAAAUCCGAUCCCGGCGUCUACCCAGGCGGCGACAUCAAUCCACCAGACGGCUGGAAGACGCUACCCACCAUCGACGGCGCACGCAUCGACAACACCACCCUCGUCGUUGGCUCCGGGUCAGGGACGCUCGUCCACUACAUCGACGCGGAGUACGAUGCGGGCAAGAUCAAGCGGGCCGUGAUCCAGAUCCACGGCGAGAAUCGAGAUGCAUGGAACCAGUGGAUCUACUCGGAUCUGGCGGCGAAGCGCGCUGCGACGGGCGGCAGCUUUGAUCGCGACGAGGUAGUGGUGAUGGCGCCCAUGUUCUUCAACACUGGUGACGAGGGGGCGUACCCGUUCGAUCCGAAUUUGGAUUCGGGCAACGCGGUAACGAGCACGCUCGACACGGCCACAGUCACAGCUGGCCGACGGUCCUUCACACACCACACACAAGGAGCACCGGUAGCCUCGCCAGUGCCGGCAUUUGAGCGACGCAGUCGAGUCGAGCAUCGCGGCGUACACCGCAUCCCACUGCAGAAGUGGAGCACAACGCAGGCGAUGAUUUGGAAAUCCAUCGAGUGGGGCGAUGGCAGUCCCGCCUAUGAGCCUGCCGACUCCGCCGGAGCCGGCAGCUUCGAAGCCCUUGACAGCGCCGUGUCGUUCUUCCUCGACCGCACCCGCUUCCCGAACCUCCGCAAGGUCGUCAUCGCCGGCUUUUCGCUCGGCGCGCAACUCACCAACCGUUACGCCACCUUCCGCGACGACACCUCGCAAGACGACCGGCUCAUCUUCUGGAUCUCCUCCCCAAACUCGUUCGUCUAUCUCCAAGAUACGCGACCGCUUCAGAUCGGCACGUCGUGCACCGAGACCUACGGCAACUAUAAGUACGGUCUUAACGGUACGCUGCCCAACUACUACACCAGGGCAACCUCUCGCGUGUCUACGAGCAGCCUGAUCACUCGCUACCUCAGCAGAACGAUCUUCUACCUCGUCGGGAUGGACGAUCUCAGUGCGGGCCUCAGCAGCUGCGCCCCCAACACCCAAGGCUACGGUCAUCUGGACAAGAUGUACUACUGGACACAGCAGGUUGUGCCUAUGCUGCCGGGGAGUACGGGGGUGGAAGGCGAGCUGCCAGGGGACGGGCUGGUGAGGUACGUCGCAAAGACGGGGCAUCAGGAUUGGAAGAUCAUCACGUCCGAUCCAGGAGUCGAGACGUUGUGGUUGAAAGGGUGGUAUGAGAACGGGACGGAUGCCGAGACGCCACAGAGUGGGGGGACGGUUGCCGCGGGUACGCCGUCCAAGUCGACGAUUGGGAAUAUUCAUAGUGCCAAUACGGCGGCGAGUGGGACGAGGGCGACGGUGAUGGCGUUGGUGUUGGCCGCUGUGGGCGCGACAAUGGCGUUGCUGCUGUAG